GUGAAGCUCAGAGAUAUGAGGUGACCUGUUCGGUCCACAGGCUGGCAGAGGCCAGGGUGGAGCCCAAGAAUGGAACUUAGGUGUUCUAUUUACCAAGGUGACCUGGUUGUUCAGCACUUGGAAGCUUCUGCCUUCAGAAAUCUGUUCACCUGAUUGCACCAAAUCUCUUGCUCCAGGGAACGGGUCUUCUAUAGUUGUGUGCCUUCUCUCCCAGGGCCCUAAACAACUCUGCCCAGGUUCCCUCUUGCCCCAGCAGAAGAAGAUGGCCUGUGAAAAAUUAGACAUAUUUGAAAUUUCCAGGUCAAUGUUCAUGUACCCAUGGCUGGAAUAUCCAGGCAGGACCAAAGAAUUCAGAAAAGUCAUGGCUCCUGUUCACCUGCCCUUGUCCUACUACAAGGCACCAAAGGAAGAGCUCCCUCCAAGUCCAGAAUGCUGGAGGCAGCACCCGAGCAAGCCAAACGCAACCCCUUACUGCUACUCUAAGAAACCUGAGAUCUACACACACUGGCACACUCUGUAUGACCAGCGAAAGGAAUGGGAGGACCAAAAAAAGUUACUGAAAAUGAGAAGCCAUUUUCCUAAUACCCAAAAAUUCCACCUUCCCAUCAGCAAGUUGACCAUAAAACCUCAGCUGGGAUUUGGGCCCUUAGAGCCUACCAGGGAUCACCUGAAGUGGCAAAGACUAAAGGAGCUCACAAAAACCUUGAACUCUCCUAGAGAAGAUGAGCAGUUCUAUGCAACACAGGCUCUGGGGUAUCUUGGCAUUAAUGACCAGAUUGUUAUGAAGGCACUGUGGCAAGUGGCCCAAACUGGUCCAAAGAAAGUGAAGUAUGAGGCUUAUCGAACCCUGGCCAUCCUGGGAUGCCUGAAUAAGCAUGUGAUUCACGCUCUCAUUAUACAACUGAAGGAGGAAAGUGAGGGCCAAAGGAUGGAGGCUCUGACAAGGCUACGAGUGGCUCUGAACUCCUGGGCUGCUGUCCCUGAAGACAAGAGGACUCAAGUCGGGAAUGAAGAAGAGCUGGUACUUGUGCUGCAGACACUGUUAAAGUCGUCCUCUGGUGAAGCAGCCCUGGAGGCAGCCCUGUGCUUGGGUUUCCUGAGGCCUUGUAGCAACAUGGCCCAAGAGUCAUUGCUGCAGUGCCUGUGCCAAGGGACCAAGACCCAGCAGAUGAAGGCACUCAGGAUGCUGGUCAGGAUCAUGCACGUGCACUCCGCUGCAGUCACCAGGGCAAUUCUGGCUCAGCUAUGUUCUAGUGUCAUUGAGGACCGCUUCGAAGCCACUGAAAUGCUCAGGACCAUUGGACUAGAAAAGAUCAAGGCACAGGGGCUAGAGGAACUCACAUUUGACCUGCUUAAAUGGAAGACACAUUACGAACCCUUCUUUGCUGUAAGACAAGCUGUGGCUGAAACUGUGGAAGAGUUCAAGAUGAAGCCUAUGAUGUUGAACUUAAUGGAAGCGCAAUUAACGCAUCCAGGUGCCACUGCUCGCCAGCAAGCGGUUACCUCUUUGGGUGUCCUGGGGAUUCGUAGUCCACAAGUAUUCUACUUGCUCCUCGACAUGCUAGAUGGAGACGAGAACCAGGAUGUGAAAAAAAGUCUACAAGAAACAUUAAUCAUUUGGGCCUCAAUUGACCCCUGGAUCCAAAAGAAGCUAAAGAACAAGGUUUUCUUCGUCUAUGAAGCAUCUAAAACCAGGAAGAAGGCAGAGCCUACAAGGUUCUGGAAGGAGCCUGAAUACCAAGAAGAGUUAAAUAUCCAAGAUUUUCAACUUGCUAAGUUGAAUCCCUUAACUAUUACAAAGAGAAUCACCAAGGUAGAUCAAGAAAAACAGUUUCCUGACUUCCCAUCCUAUGUCUCUAAACCACAAAAACAAAAGCCACAGACGACAGGACCCUGGCAGCCAAGUACCAGGCAACAGCUCUGGGCCCUUGCUGAAAUCUACAAAUAGGUCAGCUCUUUGGGCCUACUUGCUCCCUGAGGAUAGUUUUCAUGCUUCUCUCAGGAGA